AUGCAGUUUCAAGGGCGAGGCAAGCAAUUUCCGAGUAGCGUGCCACUAGUCCAUCGGAUUGUCCAAUGUAAGGAAGCACAAUCCGAUGAAAACUGGCUGUGUAUUUGGGCAUACUCUUCCCUGGCAGACAAGAUUUUUUAUCAGAGAUCCAACUACUGUACUAAGGCCAGCAGCUAUUGGGGCGGCGGUGGCGGCGGAACCAUCCGUGACGCUGGCGAUGCCUUUGGAAGGCGUGAAGCGCAACUGGAAGAAGAGUAUUUCUAUCGAAAAAACAGAGAACAACUAGAGGCUUUGCGUCGACAUUUGGAGGAGGAAGUUAAAUACAGAGCGGAGGAAAUCGAGCGUCACAAGGAAGCAAUCGAGCGUCACGAGAAACUCCUCAAGGACCUUGACAAGGGAAAAUAGUGACUUCAUUGCCUCCCCCAGCUCUGUCAGUUUUAUGACUGUCUCGAUUUCAUCAUCAUUCUUAGCCUAGUCCGAAGGAAUUUUCGCC